AGCUGGGACUAAAAGCUGUAAGCAGUUCACUGCUGAUGUGACAACGUUACAUGAGAUGUCUAGGUUAUUUCUUCUAUGGCUUCUCUUGAGUUCUGGAAAUGCUGAUCCUAACAUUUCAGAGCACAAUCAAGGUUUUCCACCUAGAUGGGAUCUUGUUCCAGGCAGCCUAAAUGAUUUUAAGAUUCAAAAUGGCAAAAUUGUCAUCAAUCCCUGGGAUUACUUAGAAAGGAUGGGGAUGUAUAAAAUAUUACUGAAUGCUACUGAGCCGUAUUUGGAUAUGAUGAAUUCAGGAAACCAAAGGAAUAUUCUUUGGGGAUUACCUCUGCAGUUUGCAUGGCAGUUCCAGACAGGACGGUUAAUAGUUGACUCUGGCGCAACCAGUGGACCAAACACUGAGGAGGACCAGACAUUAGUCUCUGGGAGAAGUUGGUGGGCUUGCAUGAAUUAUUAUUUGGCUGUUGUGCCAUUUCUUGGAGCUUUGGAUGCAGGUUUACUUCAAGGGUCUACAUAUGAUAUAGACAUAUCCCACCCAGAAGAAUUUGAAUCCGAUUUUUGCUACAGUGUUACAGGAUGUCAAAAUGCCGCUCCUCAAGCAAUGGAAGAAUGGAAGACUUUUUUUGAGGUUAUAAAAUCAUCAAGUCAAACAUCUGAAACUUCAGUCCCACCAUUAUCUAAGGAAGAAGAGCAGUUUCUGGCAUACAUGUGGAGAGCUCACGUUGAGUCAAUUAACGCAGGACUUCCACGCUGUUCUAAAAGGUUAAGCUACCUUUCAGUGCCUGAAGGAAACUUUGGAAAAGACUGGGCAACAACCGUGGAAUUCCUAGCAGCCGUCAAUUUCCCAACUAAUUUCCAAAGCACAAAUGAUUUUCAACGUUUUCUUCCACAUAGAAAGCUGGUUGAUGGUGAUAAGGUCCCCAACGUUGUUGACUUCACUGAACAGCAAAACAAGGUUCUGUCCACAUUACAGCUGAUCAAUAAAGUCAACACUUACACAGGUGGGUUUCUUUUGAAGCUAUGGAAAAAAGCCAUGUGUUCAGAUGAAGCAAGAGCUGAAGGUCGAAAUCUUCUUCAAAACCUGGUGAAUGACCCACACCUGGCACCACAGACUGUGAUCAAAAUUAUAAUCAAGAUAGUAACAAAUCCUACAUGUAAAUGAAAGAAGACGAGACACAGAUAACGCAGUCAAAAUGUUUAGCUCUAUUUUACUUUUAGAGAAAACCAUAUGUGACAUGUAUUUAAUAAAUAAAUGUUGGUAGUUAGUAACUCUCGUUUAAUUCAUCCCCUCCUUGUUAAACAUUUUGCCGAAAAUACAUUUGAGGGUCCCUUAAUUAGUCUUCUAGUGGCUGUACAGAAGAAAAAAGCCAAGUAAUAACUGGACUCCUUUUGCAUUCUUUAGCAAUGACUGCCAGUCAUUGAAGACAUAACAUAAAAGAUCCAAAUGGUUUAAGGCAAAUACUGUUCCAUAAUCACAGAAUGCAAUUUCCCUCUCUGAAUUAUAAGAACUGUUUUGUGUUAAAAACAAUAGAAGCAAAUAAUGAUUUCAUUAAAGCCACCUCAGUGAAUUGUGAUGAUGAGACCACAGCUAAUCUCAUAGAUUGCGCACAUUAAAAGACAAUAAUAAUUUUCAAUUCAUUCCUUUGCUUCUGGAAAAGGAAGAGUUGAGAAUUAACUUAAGGCACUAGUCAAUUGCUCAAUAUUUAAUUAAAAUUGUUACUUUUUUUGUUUUUCAGUAAAAAAAAGUAAAUUUCAUGCUUUUCUUAUAUAUUUACAGCAAUAAUUUUUUUAAUCUUAUAAUUAUGUAACUGGUGUUUAAAAUUAUUUUCUCUAGUAGAACAAUAAAUAAAUAAAUUAAUGGGA